AUGGAACAGGAUCAGCCACAGUUUGCUGGUUCCUUCAACAGUCCAACGUCGAGCGAGAAAAGCAAAAGAAGUAAUGCCAAUAGUCCUUCCAACACACGUACAAAUAAUCCACUGCCGGUUUCUCAACAACAGGUUCCUCAACUCCCGAGUCAACGUCAUCUUGUAGCUAGGAACACCAUUUCUGGUGCUGGUGCUGGUGGUGCAAUACAAACAAACAGAGUUACUAACACACAUCAUUUUAGAAAUUAUCCUCAAUUAAUUACUAACAGCCCGAACAGAAUGAGCUAUCCAAUGUUCUCUCCUCAGCCAGGUCCAUCUAGCCCCUUUGGUGGUGGUGGAGCUAGUGGUACUGGCGGUGGACCACAAGCUGGAAAUUCUCCUCCUACCAAAAGAAUUAGAGGCGACACCGCUAACUCCCCGUCCUCUCCCAACCUUAAUUUUUUAUUACCAACUCAAAGGCAUACUCCAGGGUCUAUAGAACAAAACGUAAGCUACACCAGGAGCUAUAGCUCUACUUCUCUUUCUGGUGCUGGCAAAAUUAGUAAUCUGCGUGGGAGUUCUUCACAUGUAUCUCCUCAGCCUUUGCAGGCUCUUACCCCUGGACCUCAUGAAGGUUCGAGCACUUCUCAACAACCACAGCAACAAAGACAAAGACAAGAAAAUCAACUGACAGAACUUCGAAGCCUGGACUCUGACGAAGAUGCCAGAUUUUUGAGGUUAGCCCGCGAAGCAUUGGUAGCAACAGCCAGUGGAGUUAACCCUGGUUCAACAUUGGUUGAUCCGACUAUCCAGGAUUUAUUACAGAGAUUACAAUAUGCUUCCUCUCCUCAUGGCAAUCCAAUAAAACGCGGAAAUAAAAUCACUGCCAACCAGAAGGGUCAAUUAAAUAUAUCUGGAUUCUAUAGGCAAUUUCCAAACUUAAGCAAUGAUAUAUUCAUGGGCAACGAGGGCGGUAUUGAAGGUAAUGCGGCAGAAGAAAAUGUUCACAAGUCCCACCAUCCCAGUUCAAACAGCGAAGGUUGGAAUUUUUUAAUUGGAGAACCAAUAACCUACAAAACACCUGGAGUAUUAUACAAUAAAGAAGAAAAUAAACCGAACGACAGUAUCGAUAUUUUACGUUCUCAUUCUACAACAUCAUUAUCCGACGAAGGUUACGUUGGUGGAUCAAGUAGAAAAAAUUCAGCUGUUGCUGGCGAGGACCCGUCACGCAAGUUUCUCUGUGGAAAAUGUUCUAUGUCGUUCCGAAGAUCUUCUGACUUGAAGAGACACGAGAAACAGCAUUUAACUAUACCACCGAAUAUUUGUGAAUUAUGUGGAAAGGGAUUCGCCCGUAAAGAUGCGUUGAAAAGACACAUGGGAACGUUAACAUGUAAGAGAAACGCUGAUAAGAAAUUAUAUAUCGAAAACUUGAACUACUUGAAAGAACAAAAAGCUGCUGGCUUGGGCUCCCGGUCAGGAACGGCUGCUGGCACUUUUGCAAGUGGCUUUAGCUCAGCAAGCAACUUCGAUCGCUAUCAUCUUGAUGAAGACGACGACGAGUAAGGUCUUCGCUAGAGAAAGUAAUAAAAAAAAUUGCAAUAUCUCAGAGGAUCAUCUCAUAGGAAAGACAAAUUUCUAUCUUGUCUUAGGUAAUUAUUAGGGUCAAGAGAGAUUAAUAUUGCAGAGUUGGGGUUCACUUUCAGUUCAAUAAAAAUUUAGUUCAGAUAAUAAGAUUGAUGAUAAACAUUGAAAGGAGUUCUAGAUGAUGUUGCUUUCGGCGGAUUUGGCAAGGGCAAUUUUUCUUCAAUUUUUCAGAGUUUCCUAUGGGGUUUUCAGAAUCGUAACAGAAAGAUGGAAAUGGCCGCUGGUUACACCGUUUGUUUUUAGGGUUUUAUUCUCCUAACAUUUCUCUAAGUCUAUAGAUUGUACUAUAUUAUGCAAUACACAUUGUACCAUACUUGUU